CGUGAUUACGUAUUUCCUGCGUGACGCACCUCUCUCCUGCGUCAACAUGGCGGCUGGCGUCGAGCUGAACGUUGUGGCCCAGCUGUCCGGCGACGAGACUCCGGCCUCCCAGAAGCGGGAGGAGCGACUGCGGAAGUUCCGCGAGCUGCACUUCAAACGGAACGAAGCCCGCAAACUGAACCACCAGGAGGUGGUGGAGGAGGACAAGCGGCUGAAGCUGCCAUCCAACUGGGAGGCAAAGAAAGCACGUCUGGAGUGGGAGCUGCAGGUGGACGAGAAGAGGAAGGAGUGCGUGGCGCAGGGGGAGGACUAUGACAUGGUGAAGCUGCUGGAGAUCAGUGCAGAGGAUGCUGAGCGCUGGGAGAGGAAGAAGAAAAAGAAGAACCCAGACCCUGGAUUCUCCGGUUACGCUGAGGCACAACUGAGACAGUACCAGCGACUCACGAAGCAGAUCCAGCCUGACAUGGAGAACUACGAGCGACAGCGCGAGGAGUGUGGUGAGGACUUCCACCCCACCUCCAACAGCUUGAUUCACGGUACCCACAUUCCCUCCAAAGAGAGUGUUGACCGCAUGGUGGAGGACGUGGAGAAGCAGAUCGAGAAGUGCUCCAAGUACAGUCGCCGCAGAGCAUACAACGACGAUGCCGACAUCGAUUACAUCAACGAGAGAAACGCCAAGUUCAACAAGAAGGCCGAGCGCUUCUACGGCAAGUACACAGCUGAAAUCAAGCAGAACCUGGAGAGGGGUACAGCUGUGUAGGGGGGCGGAGCUGUGCCUGACAGGCUCCACCCCUGCACUCCAGCUGCGGGUUCCUGGUGGGGUUCUCGCCCCACCGGGGACUCGGCACGGAGUUGAAGAGCAGCUGUGUGUGUUUGCGUUCUUUCAGACUCUUUUCUUGCCACUCUCUCCUCAAGUGUUUUGUCUCUUUGCAUCACGUGACUUUUAUGUACAUUUUUCACAUAAAAAAUCUUUAAACCCUGA